AUGACUGAAACAGGAAGUGAAAAUUUAAAAGAAAAAUAUAUUAAUAAUGAUAAGGAUGAUUUAAUAAAACAAAAUAAAGAAUUAAAAGAACAAAUUGAAACAGAAUUAGAUAAGUUAAAUAAAAAAGUAAAAAAAAAUAAAAAGACAAAUAAUGCUUUAAAAGUAUUGUUACAAGAACUGCAAGAUGAAAAUAGUUACUAUAAGAAUU